AUGAACCCUUGAUCUAAACUGGUCAACCAAGAGAGAGAGAGAGAGAGGAGUAGGUGAUUGGAAUUUCUGAAUCAUAUGAUCAUAUGUGGACGACUCCACAUAUGAAUUAUAAGCACUAAAUCUUCUCUUCCACAUUUGGGUCCAACCAAAAAAUUUCCUACCCCAAUGAACGUGGAACCCAUCUUUGGGAAGUCAUUUGGUCUUCCUCCUCCAGAAAGGUUUAGAUCUCUCUAAACCUUUCUGGACAUGAUCUUAUGCUGUUUCUACUUGUCAGUGGGUGAAGGUAACCCUAGCUUGGUCUCCUCCUUAGAAAGUACUGCCUCCCCUCAACUUAAUUCAAUUCCCUCUUUAGCUUCCAAGAUUCUUAUUCAAUUAUAUUAUAUGGGUUUUUGAUAGUCCAAACAUAAGGAGAGAUCUGGAAUGGCUUCUUAGUUGUUAUCUUCUGAUCACCCAUUGCUAGCUUAUUCUUCAAUGGGUUGCUUCAAGUUUCUAAGUCUCAAUAUCAAGCGUAGAUCCAAGAGAUUGCUAGGCAAUGGAAAGCAUCGAAGUUUGUCGGUAACCACUUCAGCCGCCGGCGGUGCUAAGGAACCAAAGGAUUUGAUCCUCCCUCAGUUACCUUCUGAUAAUCAGGACCACCUGCAGUCUUGUAACAAGAAAAUUAACUCUGUGAGGAGAUUCAGUUGGAUUGAGAUAGAGAAGUUCACCAUGAAUUUCUCUCAUGUAAUUGGGGAAGGAGGAUACAGUACUGUCUACCUCGGCUACUUCCCAGAUUUCUCCCUUGGAGCUAUUAAGAUCCAUUACCAGAGUGAGCGUCUUCGCCAAGUCUUCAAGCUAGAACUCGAAGCCCUUCUUCAUGUCCAACACAACAACAUUGUCAAGCUUCUUGGCUACUGUGAUGAGAGAGAAGAAGGUGUCCUCUUGUUAGAAUUUAUUCCAAAUGGAAACUUGCACGAAAAGCUUUACACUCAAGACCGAAAGAAUUCAGUACUUCCAUGGAACAAUCGGAUAAUGAUUGCUUACCAAUUGGCUCAAGCAAUUGAUUACCUUCAUGGAAACUGUAAACUUCCAAUAGUUCAUGGUGAUAUCAAAGCAUCAAAUGUCCUCCUAGAUCAAAAUCUCAACUGUAAGCUCUGCGAUUUCGGGUAUGCGAAAAUGGGUUUUUCUUCAGUGGUUGUGCCUUCCUUAAGGAAUUCAAUAAUGGGUUCUCCAGGGUACAUAGAUCCACACUACCUAAGGACAGGCAUUGUAUCAAAGAAGAAUGAUGUUUACAGCUUUGGUGUGAUUUUGUUGGAACUAAUAACAGGAAUUGAAGCCUUUUGUACUAAAAAGGAGAAGCUCUUGACAUCAAUUGCUAAUCCAAUUCUGCAAGAUCCAGAGAAGGCACUAGAAAUGGUAGAUUCAAGAUUGGAGGGUCAGUUUAAAGAUAGGGAAGUGAUAGCUAUGGCUUCCAUAGCUGCACAAUGUCUUCGUCAACAUGCAAGUCUUAGGCCUUCCAUGGCUGACAUCUUGAAUACCAUGAGAGAGACCAUUCCAUCAGUCUCUUUCGUUGAGACAGCAGGAAAAUUCAAGGAUAUUUCUACUACUCGUAACUUGAAAUGGAAUAUUGUAAAUAUAUGAAUAUUUGAGAGUUUAUUUCACUGUGUUAUUACAAAAAAUAAUAUCAAAAAAAUAAAUAAAAAAUGUCAUUGCCAAUAAGAGGGGCCAAGAGAGAGAGAGUAAACAAAGAAAGAUUUACUGUGAAAUUCCUUAUAGUUUUGGAGAUGUAAAUAUGAUAUCUGAUUGAAGGAGGAUCAUGGGCAAGAUCAUCUUCAUACCCAUUAAAUAGUUUGGUCUCAAUUGGCUUAUAUCUAUGUUGCAUGAAUUAUAAGAUAUUAAUUAAGUGCUUUUCCCGUUUCUUUA